CGGGUUCAACAGUGUCUUUGAGACUACUUUUUUAGUAGAAGUUGUAGAGAAGCAGAAGAGUUCUUGUCUGAAACUAGAGACCCCCCAAAAUGAUGCAGUUUUAUGAGCUCAGAAACAAUGGCAGCACCUAGCUGAACUGGGAGAUCACACUGGGGACUACUUCAAGUUCUGGGCAUUUGUGUGCUUUCUUGAUUUGAGUUUACCAGAGGUUUGAAAAGGCAUUUUUUUUUCCGUGUUUGGUCCUUAAUUCUAGUGUUUAUAGCGAUUCGCCGAAUAUGGUUAUGGAUGCUUUGUUAUCAGAAAAUGAUCAAGAUUGUGAAAACAAAGAUGAUCUGAUAAGUGGACUCCCAGAUGUGGUUCUUGCUCAGAUAUUAUCUUUUCUUCCAUCAAAAGUUGCUGCAAGGACUAGCGUCCUUGCGCGUCGCUGGAAGGAUGUGUGGAGAUGUGUCCCUGAUAUUGAGUUAACUUGCCAUCCAGAUCAGAGUGCUAGUGAAUCGAUGGCAUUUUUCGCCACGGUGAACCAUGUACUCAGUCAUCGCACCACGGCUCAAAUUAGAAAAUUCAAGCUCUCAUUUUAUAGUGCUGGAGUGACUGAGUUGUAUUGCAUUUAUUGCUGGAUACAGCAUGCAAUUUGGCGAAAGGUUCGCGAAAUCGAUCUUAAUGUCAUGGAUGUUCGACCUUUUAUGUUACCCCCUGAACUUUUUACUUGCAAAACACUAGUAUCCUUAAAGCUGCAAUCAGGAUUGACUUUCUGUGUCCCCAGCUUGAUCGAGUUUCCUUCUCUCAAAGUCCUCCAUGUUAUAGGUAAUGUAACUGAAGAAAUAGCGGAGAGACUCUUUUCUUGCUGCCCGGUGCUUGAAGAGUUGCUAAUUGAAGGAUACAAAGAAGAUCAUGUAGCUUUCACUGCUAAACUUGUGGUUAAGAGCCUAAGCUCUGUAAUUGAUGCCUAUAUUUGCCUUGGUAACUGCUUUGGACGUCCUGGUGGACACAAACCGGAUUACUCAGAAUAUGUAUAUCAGCUUUUUAGAGAGAUAUCUCAAGUUCAGAUUCUAACUCUCUCUGCUAUUACCAUGUUUACUAUUAGAUUUGCUCUUCAUCAGAAUCUGUCUCCAUUUCCUAAUUUGAUCGAGUUGUCGCUGAAUGUUGAGCACUGUGAGGACUGGCAAUUCUUGCCAGUAUUACUCAACAACUUACCCAAUUUGCGGUCUCUUAACCUUCAGAAAAAUACUCUCUGCGAUCAUGAAAGGGACUACGAUUGGUGUUCACCAGAAAGUGUGCCGCAGUGUUUACUGUCAACGCUGAUGUACGUCUACUUUCAGGGGCUCAAUAUGCGGGAAGAUGAGUUAAAAAUGAUAGAGUUUCUCUUGAAGAAUGGUGAGGUUCUGAAACAGCUGACAGUAAUGCCUAUUCACUUAGCUUUGGAAGAUGCAGAAGUGCUCGCCAACAGACUUGUCAUGCUUCCAAGGGCUUCAGAGUCGUGUGAUGUUGAGUGUUGUAAAGAUUACUGUACUUCUCCAUGACCAAGAUGAUAUCAGGAGCUCAUUUGCUUUGUAUCUAUUCUUGUAGUUUCAUAUAACUCUAGCAGUCUUGCUCUGGUUCUUCAGAAAUGAGAGUAUUCAUAUAUAAUGACUUUCUCCUGUUGAUUUGUAAAUGCAUUGAUCAAACAUUAAGUCUUCUUGGCACAACAUAGAUUAUAAACUACAAGCUCUCUACUAUGGCACUGGACUUUGUUAAUUUAU